CCCCCGUGUUCUAUCUGCAGGUGUUCUCGAAGGGUCUCCGGGUCAGCUGUUCAACCUGAGCAGCAUCCACGACCAGGAGGUGCUGCGGCAUGCUGAGCUGCAUCUUCACCGGCGUGUCCUGUCGGGGAGGAGGGGGAUGGGCAGAGGGGGCUCACUGCGCCUGAGAGUCUGUCAUCUGACACCGGAACGGGUCGCCAUUCUCGAAGAUAUCGUUCUCAGCCUCAGCAGCUCCUCUGGUUGGCAGAAAUUCGACGUCAGCGCGCCCGUUCGGGUCGCCCUAACCUCCCAAAAACACCUGCUUGGCCUGAGAAUCGAACUCAAGCGCCCCGGGCGCUCUCACUUUCGACCUGUUCGAGGACAUCGCUUGCGCAGGUGGCACCUACAGCCCUUCAUCAUUGUAUACACCGAUGACGAUUUCUCCAUGGAGAACGAUAUCACGCAUAACUAUCUGCACGUGCCAAAGUUAGCGCCUGAGACGCCAUCUGGUGGUGACAUUCGCCGCGCGGAGUUCCUGCCACCUGGCGGGGGUCACGGAAGCUCUAGUAGCCGGCUGCGCCGUUCGGUGUCGGACAACCGACUGUCGCCGUAUUCAGAGGACGGCUAUUACCGGUAUGAAGUGGAGGGGUCCAAGGCUGAGCAGAAUGUGGCCGUAUUCAGACACUAUGGAGAACACAUGGCGGUUACACAGCCGAGCGGCGUCACAGCCGGAACGGACCCCAGUUUGAUACCCUACCCGAGCAACACGAAGCGCAGAAAAUGGAGGAGGAGGAAACACAAGAAGAAGAGGAGGAAACACCGAAAACGAAAACUGCCUCGUACCAGGCGGCUGCCGACCAAAUGGAACGUCACACAAAUCAACACCGCUGACCCCGCCAGCCGCCCGCCGCGGCCGUCUCCGCCACCCUCUACCCCGCCACUCCCGGCCUCUGCCCCGCCACUCCCGCCCUCUGCCCCGCCACUCCCGCCCUCUGCCCCGCCACUCCCGGCCUCUGCCCCGCCACUCCCGCCCUCUGCCCCGCCACUCCCGCCCUCUGCCCCGCCACUCCCGCCCUCUGCCCCGCCACUCCCGGCCUCUGCCCCGCCACUCCCGGCCUCUGCCUGCCGCCUGCGGCGUCUCACCAUCGAUUUCGACGCCCUCGGAUGGGGAGAGUCGAUCAUCAGUCCGCAGCGGUUCGACGCCUUCUACUGCGCCGGCCAGUGCGCCUUCCCGCUGAGCAGAGACUCCCGCCCCACCAACCACGCGACGAUCCAAAGUCUGGCCGCGCUGCUGGGUCUCCAGGCGGACGGCGCCCGCGGUGGCCCCGUGCCGGCGCCGUGCUGUGUUCCCGACGUCAUGGAUUCGCUAACACUGCUCUACUUUGACGAGACCAGGCAAAAUGUCGUACUGAAAAACUACCCGAAUAUGGUGGUGAAGAGUUGUAGUUGCCGCUAG